AUGUGGAACAAGUCGAAUCCUCAACGCAAGUUCGUCCAGCUAAUAUUCGAUACGACAAGCAAGUAUCCCAACUGGGACCCACCCUCGGAGAUUUUGGUUGGGUCAUACGGAAGGAUUGACAAAGCCACGGGCAACUUUUUACCUCAAGGUUCCGUCUACUCCAACGAAUUCCAGUCGUAUCUCCGCGAUGUGGGUAUCGACCCCGAGUCUGACGAGCAUCUACCCAGAGACUGUCCGGAAGAGUCUGAAUUCAUGAUUUGGUCGACGAACGUUAAAAGAUUCGACUUAAACAUUGAAUCUCACGCAGGUGUGCCUGGGAUUGCCACAGCCGGUAUCAAAGGAACAUGGAAGGUCAAAAAAGGAACUACUGGCGCUGUCUUGCUCAUGGAUAAACCUCGCAUGAAAAUCAUUGCUUCAGAAGUCCUUAGGAAGCUCUCAAGCGUUAAACUCCUUCAGUCAAUGCAUCUCGUUGCCAAGGUCUUUUAUUGUCCUUCCUACACCUUGCACCUCUCAGAUAAAAGUGCAGGCGGAGAUAAUAUCAGCAUCGCUCUUCUAGCUUCCGCCCCCGUUGUAGCCCCCGUGGUCACUGCUGGUGCAAAGACUGAGAUGAAAUGGUGGAGUGACGCACAAGCUGGGUUGACACGCAGCGGAAGCAGGCCGGAGCAUUGCUUUACUCCUUUGUAUGAACUUCUGCAUGUCACGCUUCCCAACAAAAAGCGGGCAUCAUCAUCCACCGACGAAAAUUUAUGGGUUGCCCCUCCCCUCCCGUGGCAGCCUCUCGAUGAGGAUGGUGAAGAGGUGCCGGUGUACAUCAACGAUAACACGGAUUCUAGUGAUUCUGAGGGAGAUUCAGAUCUCGAGUAACGUACUCCCAAUGAAUAAUUGUUGGCAACGACACCCAAGUACCAACCGGCCUGCUUUCUAUGGUAGAUAUAAACGAUUUUGUGCUGUGACUAUGACGAGCUUGCAUCGUAUCUGUAGCAUCAACUCCCUGGUACCAUUUCAUUACCAUCUGGAACUCAACAAGGGUCUACCCCCACAAUUUUAACGAUAUC